GUGGCUCUAAACCAGUUUUAUCUGUUGGAAAGACUUGAAAGAUCAUUAAAGUCCGAUAAAGGCGUCGCCGAUAGGCUUUCGCUUGCACGUUCUUCAACAAUCAAAAAAAGCUUGGAGGAUGGCAAAAGCACAGAAAGCAUUAGAGAAAAAAGAAAGAGUUUGGAGGAAAGUAGAAGAGCUUCCCUUUCCAGUAUGUCAUUUGAUAAGAGCCAUCACUUAAAUAGUGGAAGACUUAGCCUGAGGUUUGAUGAACUUGAAGAGUCGCUCAAAAGCAAGACUGAUGAAGAAAUUGCAGAUUUCUUCUUUUAUUUGAAAGAGAAAGAAGUUCUUUAUUCUGAGAAUUCAAUACUCCACCAGUUCGUUCCUCUUUUGCUUGAUUCCUUGAAAAGUUCCAAUUCUGAUAUUCAGUCCAUUGCACACUCUUCUCUAUUCAAAUGCAUGCUGAUAUCCUCAGAAUUCUUCAAUGAGCACAAGCACAUUGUUUUUGAUGCUUUGAACAGCCCCUGCAUUGCAGUCCGAAAUAAUGCUGUUACAGCUUUCCAUGAUUUUUUAAUAUUUUAUAACACAUCGCUAGAUUCCUCGGUCAUAUUUGAUAAGCUUAGAGACAAAGAUGUUAGCAAGAAUGCGAUGCUGGUUGUGUUCAACCUGCUUCAUAAAAACAUUAUCCGUUUGAAGAGUAAUGCUGUUCAGCUUGUUUCCCUUCUCUUUGAUGAGUCUCUUGGCUCGAUUGUCAAGACACUUGUAAGAUCUCUUUCCGGAAACAACAAUGCGAUCAGCGUUAUAUUCUAUGAGACAUUCACCAGCGAUCUUGGUGCUGAAUUUGUCAAAUAUCUUGCACCAUUCGUUUCAUCAUCCAUUCAUGAAUCUUUGUUCCUUAAAUGCCUUAAUAACUACAAUGACAUUCAAAAGUUAAAAGCUGUCUAUGAAAAUUUUGAGCUUAGUGAAAAAUUUGUCAAGGACAAUCUAUUCCGUGAGGAAAUGAAAGUGUUUGUAGAUCAAAAAGCUGCAGUUUGA